AAAUAAAAUAACAUGCCUUUAUGAGAAGGAGUUGUCUGAUGGGUCACCCCUUCUCUCUCUCUCUCUCUCUCUCUCUAUGGAUUCAACAAACCAUAGCCCUCUAAACCGCAUCAAGUCACCAUCUUUAUAACCAUCUCUCACCCUUUUCUGGUUUUAAGUUGCUACUGGUUUCUUUCUCUUCUUGUUUUUUCCAGCUAUAUAUGGUUUGUUUACCAGCUCUGCAGCCGUAGUUUUGUUUUGGUUUUAGGUUUUUUUUUUAUGGAUGUUGAAGCUGCCAAAGCCCACAAAAAGUCCAUAUCUAUGUGAUUCUUGAACUGGGUUUCUGUGGGUGUUUCCGUUGAGGACAAAAAAUCCAAGUUUUGGGCUGCUUCUGAGGUAUUGAUUGCUUUACGGGCUUUUUGAAUUUGGGGUGCUUUCUAUUUCAUUUGCCAGUUGGAAGAAAUUCAUAGCUGUAGAUUGUGGGUUUUGUUGUGUUGAUAGGGUGCGGUGGUUAUUGUGUAUAUAACGUGAAGAAAAGUCGAUUCUUUGUUGUUCAUAUGUUUUAGAUGUUGCUUUGUGUGUAUGUUAAGGUAUUUAAGAUGAAGGUGUUGUGGAAAAGGAAUUGGUGUUAUUGUAUUGUGUAAAAUUUGGAUUUUAGGGAUUGUUUUAUCUGGACAGAAUUUGUGAAAAGUUCAGAGCUUUAGUCUGGUUUCGGAUUUGGUUCUGCUGGAUUUCUUAGUGAGACUAUUUGGUGGUGUAACAUAGGCAAGAAAUUGCAUUCAGAAUAAGGUCUUUUUCAGAAGGGCCUUUGAGUAUUAUCUCGAAAAGAGAAAGAUGCAACGAGUUCGAUUGUCCUCUCAACAAGCGCCUGUACUCAAGCUAGGGGAUUCUCAGAUCACAUUAUCUCCAAAAUUUAGGCUAGCGGUUAUCCAAUCUUCUUUGAUGGACCCUUCGUCGGAACUAGAGUUAUCACUUAGGGGAGAACCCCUCAUUCCUGGUCUACCUGAUGAUGUGGCGCUUAACUGUCUCCUUCGGCUUCCUGUGGAAAGCCACACAGCAAGCAAAGCUGUAUGCAAGCGUUGGCAUCUACUGCUUGGUAGUAAAGAGCGGUUUUUCACUCGUAGAAAAGAAGUAGGGUUUAAAGACCCGUGGCUUUUUGUCUUUGCAUUCCACAAGUGCACUGGAAAGAUUCAGUGGCAGGUUCUUGAUCUCACUCAUUUAUCGUGGCACACAAUCCCUGCCAUGCCUUGCAAAGACAAAGUUUGUCCCCAUGGGUUCAGAUGUGUUGCAAUUCCCCAUGAGGGCACUCUCUUUGUUUGUGGUGGUAUGGUCUCUGAUGUGGAUUGUCCGCUGGAUUUGGUCCUGAAAUAUGAAAUGCAGAAGAAUCGAUGGACUGUGGUGAACCAGAUGGUGAGUGCCAGGUCUUUUUUUGCAAGCGGAGUGAUUGAUGGGAUGAUUUAUGUGGCUGGAGGAAACAGCGCAGAUCUUUUUGAGCUCGACUCCGCUGAGGUUUUGGACCCUGCUGAAGGGAGUUGGCGUUCCAUUGCAAGCAUGGGAACAAAUAUGUCCUCUUAUGAUGCAGCAGUACUCGAUGGAAAGCUUCUUGUUACGGAAGGCUGGUUGUGGCCUUUCUAUGUUUCUCCUAGGGGUCAGGUUUAUGAUCCAAGAACUGAUAAUUGGGAGAGUAUGGCUGUUGGACUCAGAGAGGGAUGGACAGGUUCAAGUGUGGUGAUUUACGGUCAUUUGUUUGUGGUCUCAGAGCUUGAAAGAAUGAAGCUUAAGGUUUAUGACGCGGAUACCGAUUCCUGGGAACCAAUAGAAGGCCUUCCUUUACCUGAGCAGAUAUGUAAACCCUUUGCAGUGAAUUCUUGUGACUGCACAAUAUAUGUUGUUGGUAGGAACCUUCAUGUUGCUGUUGGUAACAUCUCAAGGGUUAGCCGUAAAGGCUCUUCUGAGAACAAGUGGCACUUCAGUGUUCGAUGGCAUGUGGUUGAUGCGCCAGAUAAUUUGUCUGACUUGACACCUUCAAGCUCACAGGUCCUCUUUGCCUAGCUUUUCAGUGUCUGAUAUCAUGUUGUGUAACUUUGAAUGUCCUGAAGCAUGUAGUAGUUAUAUAAGAGACUUGAGCUAUAGAGCUCAUGGCUGUGUGUAAACGGGGUUCUAGUGGUUCUUGGAAUGUAUUUAAGUAUAUAGGGUUCUUCAUCAUUGUUAUUAUUUCUUCCUUCUUACCCUAAUUACUCAAUUUGUGACUGUGUUGUGCUAUAAUAUUACACCCUUAUCAUACCCUGGGUUUUUAGAUGAA